GCCAGGCGCCUGCCCGGCGCGCGGUGCAUGGUGGGCGUCGCCGUUGUCCUGCCGCGCGGCUCUUGGGCGAUCUCUUGAGAGGCGCGCGAUGCCGCUGUGGGCUCCCGGCUCUGCCGCGCCGCUUCUCUUGCUCCUCCUGCUGCUGCCGCUGCUGCUGCCGCCGCCCUCGGCCCAGGCCCAGCCGGGGGGCCGCUACUCGCGCGAGGCCAACGAGGGCGCCCCGGCCGAGUUCCGCCUGCAGAGGCUGGAGCAGCUGUGGCAGAAGGCGCACCGGCUUCAUCUGUCUGCUGUGAAAUUGGCCGAGCUGCACAGCGACCUCAGGAUUCAAGAGAAGGAUGAACUGAGCUGGAAAAAACUGAAGGCUGAAGGGCUGGACGAAGAUGGAGAAAAAGAGGCCAAACUCAGGCGGAACCUGCACGUCAUUAUGGCUAAGUAUGGCCUGGAUGGAAAGAAGGAUGCUCAGCUUGGGGGCACAAACUUCAUCAAGGAUGGCCUAGAAAACGACGUGCUGGAUGAUCCCAGACUGGAGAAGCUGUGGAACAAGGCCAAAGCCUCCAACAUGUUCUCUGAGGAGGAGCUGGAGAAACUGCGGAGGGAGUUCACGCACCACAAAGAGAAAGUCCGUGACUACCACCUCUUGCUGGAGACCGUGAGUCGCACAGAAGAUAUCUCUAAAAACGUGAUCCAGCCCCUGGAGGAGGACGUGCUGAAGGAAGAGCUCUUGCACCAGAAGCACCGAGAGCUGAAGGAGAAACUCCAGAGCAUCAACCAGGGCUUCGAGCGGCUGCGCAAAGUCAGUCACCAGGGCUACGACGCCACCAGCGAGUUUGAAGAGCCCAGAGUGAUCGACUUGUGGGAUAUGGCGAAACUGGGCAAUUUUACGGAGCAAGAGCUUGAAUCACUUCGGGAAGAACUGAAACACUUUGAAGCAAAAGUUGAGAAGCACCAUCAUUAUCAGAAGCAGCUGGAGAUUUCACACGAGAAGCUGAAGCACGUGGAAGGGAUGGGGGAUAAGGAGCACCUGAGCAGGAGCAAGGAGAAGUACUCCGUGCUGGAAGGGAAGACCAAGGAGCUGGGCUACAAGGUCAAGAAGCACCUGCAGGAUUUGUCCGGCAGAAUCUCCCGAGGUCUUCAGCACAACGAACUCUGACACUCUUGGCUGGAAGCCGAGCGUCUGCGGACGGGUCCAGAGGCAAUUUUGAAUUCCUGCUGAGCGGAAUUGCUGGAAAUUCUGGUGGUUCUUGACUUUGGCGAGGAGGUUUUUUCAUUCCAAUUGUGUACUUCAAUCACACCCUUGAACCUUACUGUUAAUGUGGAAAUGGUCCACUUCGUAUGUUACAAUUUCCCCCCACAUUAUUUUAGUCUAAUAUCUGCAUCAAGCAGGCCUUUGAGGGGGGGCCUCAGUGAGCAAGAAGAGCUCAGUGGUUGGAAAGUGUGCUUCUCAGGGGUGGGGGUGUUGCUGUUUCAUGUAAUUGGGAAGGGGCUGCGCAAUGCCUUGUGAAGCUGUGAGUGCCCAGAGAGCCCCUCCUGUGAUAGCUUUCUGCCAUGACCUUGAGUUGGAAGUACGAAAGGGAUCAAAGACCAAAGCUCUGAAUCUUCUCCCCACCCCCCCACCCCCACCCCCAGGGAUCAGCAGCCGCUGCCCUUGGAAACUAGGCUUCGCAUCGUGGUCUGAAUGGGGCUCCCCCCCCUCUUGUCCCUGUCGCUCCAGCUGUAGAGCAGAGGCAGCUUGCGGGGGGGGCGGGGGGUCUUGCUUGAACCUUCAGGAAAUCCACAAAGAAGUGCUGCUCACUGAGGGAGGCUGGAUCCUGUUUGUGCUCCUGGGAUCCAGGAGCCUCUUGCCAGGAAGAGGAAGCCAGAAGAAGGAGGUGUGCAAGGGCCGAAAUGGGGGUGGGGGCCCUGAAGGGCGCAACUGAAGGACACUUCCCCCCCCCCGCCUCUCUCUGUCUUUCUGUUACAUCUUGUUAAAUAAAGGAAAAGUGAAAGAUGA